AAGUUUCAAAUUUUCAAGUGGAGUAUUUCAACAGGACAACGCCAAACCGCACACAGCAAGAAUCACGCGGGAAACGCUAGCACGUUUACAAGGGGAGAUUCUGCCUCACCCCCCGUAUUCACCAGGUCUUGCCCCUAGCGACUAUCUCCUGUUUUUGGCCCUGGAUAAUCACGUAAAUAAUCGGUAA